UUGAACAUAUACUUCCAUUCUGAGCAUUGCCUCAUCCAAAUACGAGAAAUAUUAUACGGGACAGUUUGUCAUUUAAAUUUAGAAUGUGAUAUUUCCGUCUUAAUUUUGGGUCGAAAUAAAUUCAUCCCCUCUCAUCAUGAUUAUCUUUUAGGAUUAUGAAUAUUUGGAUAUGUGUCGUAUACUGUUUAUCGUGUCAUCAGCAUAUAAAAUGACGAGCAUGGAGAAUGUUAUCGACAGCAAAACUUACCUUCAUCAUGGCAUAUUUCUUCAAAAACUUGUCAUCGCUACCAGCAAAGGCGUAAACGUUGACUGCUAACAUCAAAACUACUGCACAUAUCGCCUUCAUUGUGGCCUCUGAAAAAAACACAUUCAUAUCAAUAUUUGCACGGCUUCCACAUACUAAUAGGAUUAAAGAAAUACCCAACGUAAUCCUUUUUAUUUCACAAGCAAAACUUAUCUACAACAAUAUCCGGAAAUGCAAGAUUAUGAUACGUAGGU